AGAGGGAGACAGGCUGGAGCUUCAUUGGCGAGAUAGAUAGAGACUGAGAAAGAGAUGGCGAGUGAAAGAGAAGCUCGAAGAAAGAGAAUAAUGGAGAGGGGGUCUGAUCGCCUGGCUUUUAUUACUGGACAACUCUCCUCUCUUCCCAAACAAUCAACAUCAUCAUUACAAUUGUUGUCAUCUCAACAGGAGAAGCAGCCUCAAGUUCUUGGCAAUGGAAAUGAGAGUGCUCAUCAUAUCAAGGAGGUCAAUGAUUUACUUGGAAAAAGAGAUUGUACUGGGGAUGGGGAUGGGGAUGCUCUCACCGCUUCAUUAGGACCUGAUGUGAUAAAAACAGAGCCAUCAAUAGAAAAUGGAGUGGGAGAAAUAGACCCAACAAGAGAAAAUGAAGUGAGAGACACCAACCCAUCAAAAGAAAAUGAAGUGAGAGAAAUUGCUUUUAGAGAUGGCUCGGCCUUCGAGGAGAAAGCAAACCCAUCAAUUUCCACCUCUCAAUAUACAUCUGAUCACAUGGCCAAGAGGAAUCCUUCAAUGAAGCCUCCACUCUCUCACAGAGUUUUCACAGCAAGCCGACUUGAUUUUGCCAUAUCUGCCUCUCAGAACAUUCGACUACUCUGUGCAGCAACCAUAGCUCUUCUGGUUUUAUGCGGUAAUAUUGUAUCUUCUCUCACUACCACUACUUUAAUAGGAAGGGUAAUACUUUCAUGGCCUCUGUAUAACCUAUUGUUAACUGAUGCUACUAUUGUUCUUGGAUUCAUGCUGAUGAACCUUGAGAAAGAAAAGAGAGAUGAAAAGAGAAGGGAAACAGGUCUCGAGGUCAAUUAUGGCUUGGUCGAGAGUUUAGGAAAUGUAUUGGAGUUGGGUUUGGUGAUUCAAAGAGUGACACAAGCAAUAUUUAUGGAUGUCAGUAUCUAUGCAGUUCUUGUAGUUUCUGGGCUAUCUUUGAUCAAAUAUGGGUUGUGAACUUUUGGCUCUCGGAUCCAUGCUGACGAACUUAGAGAGAUAAGAGAUGAAAACGGACAGUCUUAAGUAGAAAAAGCUAUGAGAAGAGAUAUGGAAAUAGAACGAAACUAGUCUUAGAGCUCUGUUAUGGCUUCGCAAAGAGUUCAGGGAGGGAAAUGAGUUUUUGGUGAUUCAGAAAGUGACAACAAGCGAUAUUUAUGGAUUGCUAAACUCUCUUUUAUACUGGUUAGCUUCUGUAAUAUUCAAAAUGAGCGAGUGCCCCCUAUUUUGAGGAUUGCUGCCUUCUUCCCCGUCAUUCCAAGGAGUAGGGACUUCUCGUACUCAGCAAAUUUAGCUCUGGAACCCAUGUAUCAGUGAAUAGUGUGUACUUUUUUUUUCUUCUUUUUUUUCAAUCAUACAAUUAUGUAUUCAUGAAUCAUGAUGGAGACAUUUUUCUUUCAUGAGAA